GUCGAGGCUGCCUAGUCUGCCGCCACCAUGCGAGCCGUCGCGUGCAUUCUCGUGCUGCUGGCCUGCGCGGCCCACGCCAACCGGGUGAAGCGGCAGGACGAUGAGCAGACCGAGGAGGACACCAUCAAAGCCAUCUGCAAGGGCAAGGGCCCCGGCGAGUGGUUCCGCCUGAACCCUGGCCCAGCACACUGCAAGGAGGUCGUCCAGUGCACCUCGGCGGGCCUGCAGCAGAUCCGCUGCCCGCAAGGCCUGGUGUUCGAUCUCGUCCAGCAGACGUGCGACUGGAAGGCCGCCGUGCCCAACUGCGACCUGACCGAGCGACCCAAGCUGCCCAAGCCGCUGCUCGUCACCGAUGAGCCUCUUUGCGAGGGAGACAGUCUGGCCUGCGCUGAAGGGACCUGCAUCGCGCGCGAGCUCUUCUGCGACGGCAACAGUGACUGCAACGACGGCUCCGACGAGAACGCCUGCGAUAUGGGCAGCGACCCUAACCGGGCACCGCCCUGCGACGUGGAGAAGUGCCAGCUGCCGUCCUGCUUCUGCUCCGAGGAUGGCACCGUCAUCCCUGGAAACCUAUUGCCGGAGGACGUGCCACAGAUGGUGAUGCUCACCUUCAACGGCGCCAUCAACAACAACAACAUCGAACUGUUCAACGAGCUGUUCAGCAACGAGCGUGUCAACCCGAACGGCUGCCCUAUCAAGGGCACCUUCUUCGUGUCGCACAAGUACACCAACUACACGGCCGUGCAGGACUUCCACAACCGCGGCCAUGAGAUCGCCGUCUUCUCCAUCACACAAAACGAUGCGGCCAACUUCUGGACGAACGCCAGCCGGACCGACUGGUCCAAUGAGAUGGCCGGCCAGCGCUUCAUCAUCGAAAAGUUUGCUGCCAUCAGCGAUGAGUCGGUGGUUGGUAUGCGCACGCCUUACUUGCGUGUCGGCGGAAAUAACCAGUUCUUCAUGAUGUUCGAGCAGAAGUUCCUGUACGACUCAACCAUUACGGCGCCUCUGAGCGACAUUCCCAUCUGGCCGUACACGCUGUUGAACCAGAUGCCGCACGCCUGCCACGGCAACGCGCAGAAGUGUCCUACUCGCGCCUUCCCCGUCUGGGAGAUGGUGAUGAACGAGCUGGACCGCCGCGAGGACCCGAGCGUGGACGACGAUCUGCCGGGAUGCGCCCAGGUGGACUCCUGCUCCAACAUCCGCACCGGUGAGCAGUUCUACCGCUUCCUCGACCACAACUUCGACCGCCACUACCUGACCAACCGGGCGCCGCUCAGUCUCAACUUCCACUCAGCCUGGCUGAAGAAGGAAGAAAACCUCGACUACCUGCUGCUCUGGAUUGAGGAGAUCCAGCGUGCCUUCCCCGACACCUACUUCGUGACGAUGACGCAGGUCAUUGAGUGGAUGCAGAACACGCCCAGCAGUGCCGAGACCAAGGACUUUGAUUUGUGGUUGUCCAAGUGCGACGAGCCCGUCGGAUUCCCUUGCAUCAAGCCGGGCGGCAAUAACUGUGCCCUGCACGCCGAGGAGGUCCAGGGAACCUUCAACAUGCAGACCUGCCAGAGGUGUCCCACCAAUUUCCCGUGGCUGUCGGAUCCGACUGGAGAGGGCUUCCUGUAAAUAUUUUGCCUAUGCAGCAGCAUCGUUACUUCAUUUCCUUCGGAGGCCUCGGCUGGCAGAAUGAUUUGUUGCGGCGGGACGGUCCGCGCCGGCCGCCUCUCUGUGUAUCACUGUGGUGUUCGGGAUGUUGUUAGUCUCGGUCUGUACCAGUGCCACGGCGCUGGGGCCUUGGCCUCAGGUCUUGAUGGCUGAGGUGCCGGACGAUCCCGCGAACGUCGGACUUUGUUGAUAUGUUGUUGCCGAGUACAAAAGUGCAGCGCGGAUUGGCACCUGUUUUACUUUAUUUGGCAACGCUGUAGACCGACUCAGCUGUGAUCGCGACCACGUGAUUCCUGAUCCAUAUCCUGUAUACUUGUGGUUAAUGUGUGGUGUACACUGAACAAUAAACGGCGUAACUUUU